AUGGUUCGUCCAGAGCAGGUCGGUGCUUCACAUAAUGAUGACUAUGUCAAUCUUUCGUCUCGGGCUUUCACCUUCUGGUGGGUAGUCAUCUUGGCCGUCCACCUGCUGACGUUUGCGUACAAUGCGAGCUGCGCCAAGUUCUACUGGGACUUUGACGCAGCUUUCCUGAGUUACGUACUGGAGCCAUACUCGAUUGGAAUGCCCCGAGAAAACUUUCGCACCAUCGCGUACGUGCACGCGGCACUAGCUUCGGUCCACGGGCUUUGCGUUCUACAUCAACUCGUCUGCUCAUUUCGGCAGCAGACAGUAUCAUUCACACUAAAGCCCCAGCCAUCAAGCAAAAGCAGCAAGGGGGUUGCGAUGAUCAUCCGACAAUCCUCAAAUUAUCCAGUAGAACUGAGUCGAGACCGAACUGCAAGCCUCGCAACGCGAAGCCUCAUAAAGGCGUACAUGAAAAUUGCGGAUCGUCGCGGACUUUUCGGUGUGAAUGGGAGGUACUUCCACGGCAUCCUCAUCUUCCGCGAAUUUCUGGAAACUGCUCUCCAAACUGUUCAAGCUGUACGAAUGAGCAAGCAUCUACCACGUCCAGAGCUCAAUCACUUUUACGUGGGACUAUUGGUUGUGAAUUGCUGGUCCUCAGUUAUAAUCUACUCGCGUUGGUUUUGGCACGACGAAGCACGCCGUCGAUUUGCAUUGGUCGUCUGUGACUGCGUACUGGACAUGAUGACCACUGUGUGUGUGGCUGCGAUAGUUGUGAUACGCUACGUCAACCAGUACAACGUUGAGUUGGCUGGCUUCAAUUUUGAAGCCCUUGCGGAUGAUGACUGGAUGGCUCAAAUGCUCAACGAGGCUCAAAUAGUUUUGGUCGUGUCGUGGUCAGACUUGGCGAUGCGAAUAGUCUUCUCCUUUGGACUUAUUCUCACUACAGCAAAUAUGAAAGACUUGCUUCGACGGUCGUCCGUAAACAAACGUCAGGUUCACGCAAGGCGCGCUAAAACAUUUACUGCCAGGAAUACGAAAGGAUACAUCAAAACUAAGCCGAGGUGGGUUCACGCGGUGGAUCUGGUAUUUCUGAUCUGGGGCGCUGUUGUGAUUGCCUUUCACGUACACGCUAACACGAAACCACCGUUACCCGGAUGUAUACCGAAAGUUCACCCCAUGGCCGGAGCUCUACCAUCUUGUUUUGCCGUGGAUUUUAAUUGUCACACGAUGAACCUAUCGGGCUCACAAAAUGAUGUACGCUUGGAAUGGGGGAAAUUUGACCGUGUGGCGGUGGUGAAACUGCGCAUUUUGCACUGUCAAGCGUUUGAGAUGCCGCCCUCGCUCCAAGAUUUCUACCUGCUGCAAGAGAUUCGAGUCUAUAACUCGACAAUCAAUAACUGGACGGGGGAUGCUGCUCUUACCAACACUCAUCACCCAAGGCUGACGACGUUGUCCGUGGUGCGAACGGGCAUGGCCGCUGGCUUGCUUCCUUCAGGCUUGCAGUCAUCGGAUUUUCCGUCAAGCCUGUUGGAUAUAUACUUCUGCGAGACAAACAUUCGAGAGGUUCCUGAUGAUAUCGACACUAAAUGGCAUAUCGGCUCGAACGUUUAUAUCGAGAACAGCCAGCUGAGUGCAGUGCCACCAGCUCUAAUUCGAUUGCAGUUGUACUACCUCGUCUUGGCAGGGAACCCUAUUUCUGAGGUUCCCUCCGAGCUCUUCGAGGGCACUGGUAUGCUGUACCUCAUGUUAGCACGGACCAACAUUAGUUCACUGCCAAGGACUCUUCCUUUUCCGACCCCGAGUCCACCUUUUAUCGAUGUCAGCUAUACGAAUAUCGCCUCGUUUUGGUCUUGGAUUGAUCCGCUCGUGGAAUCGAUGCUAGAGUUUGGUUCGCCGAUGAUACUCGCUAGUAGCUCCACGUACUGUUCCGACCUAGAGAAGAUUAUGAGUGGAGCUUCAGAUGCUUUCAGUGCCCCAUUUGAAGCCGAUCUCUCUCCACUUCUCAUGGAUCCUUCGCAACACAACUGGGGUUUCCUCAGCCAAGCAGUAGACUGCUCACCACCAGUAUUUCCUACGGUGUUUCCUCUUGGUGACUGGGAUAAAAUGUAUAGCCUCGAGUGA